AUGUCGCAGCGGAUGCCCGUACCAGGCGGCGCCGCCCCGGUCUACUCGUCCAACGCUCCCCCCAUGCACGGAUACCAACAACACCAUCCCCCGCCGUCGCUGCCGCCUCCGAAUCAGCAUCACCUUCCUCCUCCUCAACACCAACCGCACCCAAUUCACGGCCAUCCGCAGCAGCAGCAGCAUCAGCCUCCACAUCACCAGCCGCUUCCUCCACACCAGGCACCCCAUCACCAAGCCCAACUCCCGCCAUACCCUCCACCUCCAGCUUCAUACCAACAGCCUCCUCAUCCAAGCCAACACCCGCUCCCGCACCCUCACCAGCAGCAACACGCCCCUCCUCGACCCGACGAAGCUCCCCCACCCCCUGCGGGACCUUCUCCAACCGAUCAACAUGCACACUCUCAGUCGAUGGCCACAUCAUUCUCCAAAGUUGAAGAAGGGUCGGGCCGAAAGUACAGUCUCGAUGUAGUACAGCAACCUCGGCGUGCGCGUAUGUGCGGCUUUGGUGAUAAGGACCGUCGGCCCAUUACACCACCGCCAUGUGUCCGUCUUGUUAUCAUUGACGCCGCAACAGGGAAGGAGGUUGACUACAAUGACAUUGAUCACACCAUGUUUGUGCUGUCUGUCGACCUCUGGAACGAGGAGGGCACACAAGAAGUCAAUCUUGUCCGAUCAUCGACGGGAACUGGCUCCAUCUCGUCCUCGAACACCUACACCUACUCAACUCUCGUCAAUUCCGAUCCGGGUACCUCUUCAUACCAACAACAAGGACUUCCUCCUAGUCGUGACUCGGGAUAUGGCCAAUCACAGGGCAUGGGCUAUGUGCAGGACUACCCGGUUCAGCAAGGCUAUGGACAAGCCCCGUCAUACCCCUCCAGCAGUUCAUACGGACCACCCCAGCAGUACUUCCCGCGACACAGCAGCGGCUAUGGUAACGAUGCUCCUGUUCCACCUCCCCCAGGUCAAGCAAACAUGGCGCCAUUCCGCAACGGCUACGGACAGGAGCCGAAUGCGCUCACCCGUAUGGCUGUUGUGGGAGGCCAGCCUCAAGAGAUGUUCACAAGAAAUCUGAUUGGUAGCCUGGCUGCGAGCGCAUUCCGUCUCUGCGACAUCCAUGAUCGGCUGGGCAUUUGGUUCGUCCUUCAGGAUCUAAGCGUGCGGACAGAAGGACCCUUCAGGCUGAGAUUCUCGUUUGUGAAUGUUGGACGGCCCGCUGGACAAGGGGGCCCAGGAUCCAAUGUUAAUCAGGGUCGGGCACCGAUACUAUCCUCGUGCUUCAGCGAGGUUUUCAAUGUGUAUUCGGCCAAGAAGUUCCCUGGUGUGUGCGAGAGCACGCCACUGAGCAAGACAUUUGCGGGCCAAGGAAUCAAGAUUCCCAUUCGCAAGGACACCAAUGUGAAGGGCGACGAUGCAGGAAACGACUUUGAAGAUUAG